AUGCUUUUGAGCGCUCGCGACCUUUCGAACAAGUGUCUAGAGACUUUUCAACAAUGCCUUAUCUUUCACUCGACAGACCCUGGUUUGCUCAAUCAGGUGGUUGCUCAUGAUGAACAGUUUGAGUACCGCUUGGCAGACUUCAACCUCUGGAUUGACGGCAUCGGGGCUCUCGCACCGUCCAAAGCUUCACUGGACUCGAGGCUGAGUCAGCGGCAGAUUGAUCUUUCUUUGAUCAAAGGAAAUCUUAUCAUGUUGCUUCAAUCGUUGGAGGAUUGUUUAAACCUGGUCAAGACCAAUCAAUCACUCCAGGACACUUUGCUCGACAUUGACUCGGCUCUAGAAAGUCUUGUUUCGAUCUCCCUUGCUGUUCGCAGGACAGGUCGAAAGUCGCGCUUGUAUAAAGCGGAUCGUCUUUUCAAUCAAGAGGAACAUAAGGAGUUGAGAAAACACUUAGAAGCCAUUAUUCUUCUCCGUCCUGGGGAAGGACCAUGCGACGGAGAUAAUGAGUUCAAACAGAAGAUGAACUCGUUGACUGCUAUUCAAAAUCAUCUUGUGAUGGCCAACUUGAAGCGGAGAAAUAGAUAUAUCCAGGCUCACCUUCACUCACUGGGUCUGAAGAAGAGAAGUGCUGGUAUCGAGCAGUGGCCAAUACAUGAAACUGCAGAAAGAGUCACGACAGCAACUGCCAGUUCAAAGGGGAAUCUAGGAUUGACCGCAGUCCCUCCCGCUACUGUUUUCCCUCCAGAGCCCAGUCAACCGUUGGCGGCAGCACCUAUGUCAGUAACCUCGGCUUCUAUUCCAGAGAGUAAGCUUGAGUACAAAGAGCCCGUUGCCAAGAAGUCAGAUUCUACGCCAGCGACAGUCAGUGGUGAAGACAUGCCAGCUAUCAUAUCAUCUUCCACCCAGGCCAAGAUGGGUAUAAGGAACUGUCCACUAUGCGAAGUUCAGGGCGAGGUCGAUUCUCCACAGCUGAUAGACCAUGUCCUUGAGCACAUCCACGACUUCUCACUCCGGUCUCUCCCCUGGCCUGCAUCCUCCAUGGUUGAUAUGGGCGGUGAAGUGGGUUCUUUCAACUCUGAAUUUGAAGCGUCUAUUCUCGUCACUCAAUGGCUGGAAGGAUACGAACAUGUAACGAAAGACAUUGAUCCUAAUCUGAAGCUAUCGAAUUGCGACUACGGGAGGUUGGCAAUUAUAGCAGAGCAGAUCCAGUCUCGGGAGCUAGAUAAGCCCGGCCUUGAUAUUUACUUUGCUGAUGAACACGGCGACGAAUCUGCAGAAGCCGAAACAGAUAUUUCCCAACUUACUCAAGACACUCUUGAUUCGUUGAAGGGAGCUAACCAGGCCAGCGAAGCGGAUGAAGGCCAUGAUAAAGAACAUGGAAGCGAAGCAGUUACAAACAGGACAACCAAGAGACAGUCCAGUACUGGCUUGCGAAAGCUGACCAGCCGCAUUUUCUCCCGGAACAAGAACAAAGGUCUUGAAUCAGGCCCGAAAGUAGUUGAGGGCCUAGGCCAUCUUCUAGGGCUCAGCCCACAGGCCUACGAAGUACUAGCCAAUCUAUACCAACGUCGCAUAGAAUCAACAACCAUUAGGAGAAAGAACCCAUUCCCUGAAUUUAUCAAAAAUGUGCAGGGUGAGAAUAUUUCAGCAACUAAUCACACUGUUCAAGACCUCCAUAGCUUUUUACAAGUUAUGGUCGAUUCUCAUCUGUGUGCACUCAAGCCUAUACCCCCCAAAGACCUCACCAAAACGAUAUCCAACUAUUUCAUCAACACAUCAUCGAACUCUUGCGCCUCUCUUGAUUCGAUCCGCCAGGCGCUUCGUGCUGGUUAUCGAUCCCUUGAUAUCGAGGUUUGGGAUGGAGAUGACGCCAUGAAAGAUGUACAUCAACCAGACCCCGGAGUCUUAUAUGCACCGUCGAGUUCGUCGAUUAGGGAUGGUAUGAAGAGAUUAACUCUACCUUUUGCCAAAUUUAAAGACGCACCAGUAUUCGAGGUUCCUAAGAUAACUCUUUCCAUAGCAGAUGAACCUGUUUCUCGAACAUCGCCAGUCGUGAAGGGAGGGUGGCAUUUCUCGGAAGCUUUCAGCUUCAGGGACGUUUGUGUACUGAUCAGAAAUACUGCCUUUCUCAACAACGCUAUGCCCAUAAUUGUCAACUUCACGGUCCACGCAGGUGCUGACCAGCAACAAACGAUGGUAGACAUCAUGAAACAUGAGUGGCUUGGUCUUUUAAUCGACAAACCAAUUGAUGAUUGCGACCCUAGGUUGGAGCUGCCACAGCUAGAAGAUCUCCAAAACAGAAUCCUAGUCAAAGCUUCAAGGCCCGCCAACAUUCAAAUGGAUCGAGAUUUAUCAGGGACUUUAUUAUACGAUGAUCUCCAAAACAGUCCUCUUAUACAGCAAUUGGACAGUCUGAAUGUCUAUUUGAGAAGUGAAAUAUUUGAGGGUUUCGAGUCGAGCCAGAGCAAGACCCCGAUACACGUUUUUACCUGGCAGGAAGAGGAGCUACAGCGACUUAUUCACUCUUCUGCAGGGAAUCUUUUGAAACACAACAAGCACUACCUCUGCCGUGUAAAUCCGAAUUCAAUACAGACUAAGUCUUCAAACUUGGACCCCUCGCACUUCUGGAAAUACGGUGUCCACAUGGUUGCCAUCAACCAUCUCAUCGUGGAUGAGGGUUUGAUGGUGAAUUUAGGAAUCUUCGACGACGAGGAAGGAUGGGUUUCGAAGCCAUUCGGUUAUCAAAGUACGAACGAUUAUAUCUCCAACCACAUAGGAACAACUGCUAUAAGAAUUGCGAAAUUCUCCAUCCUCGUUUUCAAAGACCAACGAUUUUAUGCCAAGAUGAAGGAUGGUAGAGUUGAGCGGACCCAAGAUCUUUCUCGGUUGGUCGAAGCGACGAUACACUCGAGUGGCGAACGUUACCCAUUGGCAAGACAGAAUCCAGGAGUCAGAGACGGUGAUUCCGAGGCUUUCGGCUAUGGAAUGGCAAUCAACGUAGUCACGGACAUCAUCCCCGAACUUACCGUAAUCACAAUGACAUUUGUGGACUACUCCCACGGCGAGGGCUUAAUUGCUUGGACAAGUCUACGACUUGAUCGCCUAAACCAAGGAUACCGUCUAAUUCCACUAUUUAAUAGUUCAGGGGAGUCUUUCGGUACACAGAAAUUGCUCGUGAAGAUUAAAUUUUGA